AUUAUCCGAGCAUGGAUCGUGACUAACAGUGUCAACACUUCUAGAUCUUCAACUUGGCGUUUGCCAUCUGCACUUUCGCUGGUGCUAAGUACGGGUUCGGGCAACAGAUGACCUGGUUUAUAGACAAACCGGGCUACCUUCGAUACGCUUUGCUGUACUGGUGGCUCGGGCAAAAUUUCUACCUAGUCACUGCCAUUGUCGCAAAGGUCUCCAUCGCCAUGACCCUUCUUCGUAUUACUCCCAACAAAAUUCACGCUGCGAUCCUGUACACUAUUAGCGCAUUGACGGUCCUUGUCGGGGCGAUGUUUCUCUUGGUCAGCAUUUUCGAGUGUACACCGGUCGACUAUUUCUGGAAUCGCUUAACGAAAAGUGGUACAUGUAUCGACCCCAAUGCAUUGGUGGGGAUUGCAUAUACAGCUAGCGUUGUGGCAGCGAUUGCCGAUUUUAUUCUCGGGCUGUUACCAUGCUUCAUAAUUUGGAAUCUGCAAAUGAAUAGGCGGACGAAGAUUGCCCUGGCGGGAAUCAUGGGCUUGGGCUGCAUUGCCGGUGCUACCGUCAUCGUCCGCAUACCAUACCUAUCCGCCUAUAAGCAUGCAGACUUCUUACACGCCACCCAUGCAGUGUCCAUUUGCUCGAAUAUCGAGACCGGCGUGGGUAUCACCGCCAGCUCUCUUGCGACCCUUCGCCCAAUCUUCCGUGUCCUGCGCGACACGACUUCCGGCUCUCGCAGCCGCAAGCGGCCCACUGAAAACAGCUAUCCAUUAUCCAGCGUUGCGAAUAACAGUGACAAACAUCACUGGGCGGACACGGCCGGCGGAUAUCACAGCAUGUCUACAACCAUUACCGGUCGUCAGCCGUCGAUGCAGAAUGUCAGUACAGAGAGCAUCACACCGUUGUACCAGGGCAUGAAGGUCGAGCGUUCGUUCCAAGUCGAGCUUGCAUAACUUUCAUGAUUUGUUAUGUUUGACGUGUAAUACCAUUCAUGUACAUAUUUAUGAUAUAUACCCCUAUUGCUAGUAAUACCCCGAAGUUAAAACGCGAAUGAAAGAAGAAUAACAUUACAUGUCG